AUGUCAUAUGACUUGAUGGGCGUAACUUGCAAUUCUCAUCUCUGACGGUGGUUUUCUCAGGCGAGAUUGUUUAGCUGGUGUUUGCGGGGAGAUCUCCUCGAACUUUUUGAGUUUUGAUUGAUUUUACGGGCCCUGCACCAAGCUCUAAUAUCAAACAUGGUCAAAGUUUGCGGACCUAAAUAUGCCCUUUGUGGCUUGAUAAUAUCUGUUUGGGGUAUAAUCCAGCUGAUACUGAUGGGGGUAUUCUUUCACAUAAAGAGCGUUGCCUUGAUCGAAGAUGUGCCGGUCGGAGAAGGGCCGUUUGCGACAAAGGAUGAAUUUUACACGAGUAUAGACAGGGGCUAUGUGCAAAAUGCUUACAACUGCUGGAUCGCUGCCUGCAUUUACGUUUUUACCUUCCUAAUUUCCGGACAUCAAUUCUACAUGAAUUCAAGGUCGUCGCUUAGCGUGUAAUUAAGAUUUUUUGCCCGGAAUCAUGUUUCAGGCAUGUGGCCGUUUGGAGGGGAAAAAAAUAAGAACAAAAAUAAAAUUGUAACAAAACAGAGGCGGCGGACGUAAUGAAGCGAGUAUUAUUAAUCGAGAUGAUGUCGAGUUACUCGUUUCUCAAGCUUGCUGCGUUAUUCAGUUAAAUUUCAAAAUUCUAAUACUAAUAAUCAUUUCUUUGGUUUUCAAUUUGUCUGUCGCACUGAUUUAGCAAGAGCGUAAUUUAUUUGUACAAAAUUGUGUAGAUUUAUGUAAUAAUAGUUUCAUUUACUGUUAUCGUUAAUCGUCGUCUUCUGUUCUUUUAAACCGAUAUAUCUAUGCAUGCAUUUAGCGGUGCAUCUAUUCACUUUAAUCGGAACAGCAGUUGGUAAUUCAAUAUUUGAUGCAAGUAACGAGGUAAUUACCUGGCGUCGUGUAGUUUGAGAAUGUUGUCACGCAGAUCUUGAACUAGUAUUUGUUUGAGGAAAAUAUUUAUGACUUAUUAAUAUUUACUACAUCCAACAAUUCGGAGCAUCUAACUCAGUAAUCCUUUAGGCAUUGCUGAAAUUAUUCACAUGUGGAUUUAAAUUGUUUCAUCCGUAACAUUCCAUCACUACCAAGUUUCGAGCAGUGUAACGGUUCAAAUAUGAUGUGGUAUUAUAAUUAUAAAUAGAAUAGAUAUGUUAUAGUAAAUUACUAAAAUGCGGUGUUUGAUUAAAGUAGUAUGAUUUUCGAUUCAUGUAAAUAAAGAAAUCAAUAAAUGAAUGAAUAAAUAAAGCAGGAAUCACUGUCUGAAAA